CGGGGAGGGAGGUGACCGGCCCGGGCCGGCCCUCCCGCGGCCGGCUGUCCCGCUCGCCCCCUCACUCCGCCCCGCACAGGGCUUCCCCCGCGGCGGUAGCGCCAGCCGCCCGCCUUUCCAGUCGGGGAGCGCUAGAGGGAGCGGCAGGAGGGUGAGGCGGCGCCGCCGCCGCCUGUGAGGGCGGUGAAGGGGUGGGACGCCGGGCGGUGCGGGGCGCGCAGCCCGGCCAUGUCUCCGGGGGAGGCGGCGUCGGGCUGAGCGGCCGUGCGCGCAGCGGGGAGCGCUCUCCGCCACCAUGAGGCGGCUGCUGCUGCCCCUGCCCUGCCUGCUGCUGCCGCCGCAGCUGCUGCUGCUGCUGCUGCCGGCCGAGGUCAGAUGUACAAUUGCCUGCACUGAGGAUUGCAGCUCAAACAAUGUAACUGCAGAAACAGGAACCAGUAGUAAUUAUAAUUUAUUAGUAAACUCUGCAAGUGGGAACAAAACCUAUGGAGGUGGAAGAUCGACCAGGGAUGUGUCACUAUCUGACAGGGCAAUAAGUGAUCAGAACAAUGUAACACAGCCCAUCCCCAUUCUUGCUCUCAAGGCAGAAUACGUUGGCGUGACUUAUGUCAGCUUAGCAUGGGCGGUGAGCAACGCUGCUUCCAACUCCUACACAUACAGGAUGGAGGUUGCAAGUGGUACCUCUGUUAGGAACCUGACAUCCAAUGUCACCAAAGCCGAAAUUACAGAGUUAAGCCCUGGGACGUUGUAUAAUUUCACAGUAUUUGCGGUAGCGAAUGAUGGUGAGACAGAAGGAGAAGGAGUGUCCAUAAGGCUGUAUACAAAGCCCAGCCCAGUUCUUGAUCUCAAAGCAGAAUAUGUUGGUGUGACUUCUGUCAACUUAACAUGGAUGGUGAACAAUGCUACUUCCAACUCCUACACGUACAGGAUAGAGGUUAUGAGCGGUACCUCUGUUAGGAACCUGACAUCCGAUGUUACCAAAGCAGAAAUUACCGAGCUAAUCCCUGGGACGAUGUACAAUUUCACAGUAUUUGCAGUAGCGGCUGAUGGUCAGACAGAAGGAGAAGGAUUGUCAAUAAGUCUGUAUACAAAGCCCAGCCCAGUCCAUGAUCUCAAGGCAGAAUAUGUUGGUGCUGAGAAUGUCAGCUUAACAUGGGCAGUGAGCAACGCUGCUUCCAACUCCUACACGUACAGGAUAGAGGUUAUAAGCGGUACCUCUGUUAGAAACCUGACGUCCAGUGUCACCAAAGUCGAAAUUACUGAGUUAAUCCCUGGGACAUUGUAUGAUUUCACAGUAUUUGCAGUAGCGGCUGAUGGUCAGAUGGAAGGAGAAGGAGUGUCCAUAAGUCUGUAUACAAAGCCCAGCCCAGUUCUUGAUCUCAAAGCAGAAUAUGUUGGUGUGACUUCUGUCAACUUAACAUGGAUGGUGAACAAUGCUACUUCCAACUCCUACACGUACAGGAUAGAGGUUAUAAGCGGUACCUCUGUUAGGAACCUGACAUCCGAUGUUACCAAAGCAGAAAUUACCGAGCUAAUCCCUGGGACGAUGUACAAUUUCACAGUAUUUGCAGUAGCGGCUGAUGGUCAGACGGAAGGAGAAGGAUUGUCAAUAAGUCUGUAUACAAAGCCCAGCCCAGUUCUUGAUCUCAAAGCAGAAUAUGUUGGUGUGACUUCUGUCAACUUAACAUGGAUGGUGAAUGAUGCUACUUCCAACUCCUACACGUACAGGAUAGAGGUUAUGAGCGGUACCUCUGUUAGAAACCUGACAUCCAAUGUCACCAAAACUGAAAUUACUGAGUUAAUCCCUGGGACGAUGUACAGUUUCACAGUAUUUGCAGUAGUGGCUGAUGGUCAGACAGAAGGAGAGGGAGUGUCCAUAAUGCUGUAUGCAAAGCCCAGCCCAGUCCAUGAUCUCAAGGCAGAAUAUGUUGGUGCUGAGAAUGUCAGCUUAACAUGGGCAGUGAGCAACGCUGCUUCCAACUCCUACACGUACAGGAUAGAGGUUAUAAGCGGUACCUCUGUUAGAAACCUGACGUCCAGUGUCACCAAAGUCGAAAUUACUGAGUUAAUCCCUGGGACAUUGUAUGAUUUCACAGUAUUUGCAGUAGCGGCUGAUGGUCAGAUGGAAGGAGAAGGAGUGUCCAUAAGUCUGUAUACAAAGCCCAGCCCAGUUCUUGAUCUCAAAGCAGAAUAUGUUGGUGUGACUUCUGUCAACUUAACAUGGAUGGUGAACAAUGCUACUUCCAACUCCUACACGUACAGGAUAGAGGUUAUGAGCGGUACCUCUGUUAGGAACCUGACAUCCGAUGUUACCAAAGCAGAAAUUACCGAGCUAAUCCCUGGGACGAUGUACAAUUUCACAGUAUUUGCAGUAGCGGCUGAUGGUCAGACAGAAGGAGAAGGAUUGUCAAUAAGUCUGUAUACAAUUCCUGCCUUAGUGAAUUCAUUUCAGUGUGAAUCAGUGGCCAAGCAGUCUUCCCUAAUGCUGAAAUGGGAAUGCCCUUCUGGUAACAAUUCUGGCUUCAGAAUUAAAAUAUUUAAUGGUACAUGGGCAAAAGAAGAAUGGACUCCAUCCUGCAUGAGGGAAGGCUCAGAGGAAACCUUCAGAACAGCAUCUUUAGAUUAUUUCAGCACCUAUACUGUUACUAUUGCAACUCUUUCAAAUAGUUCUGAAAGCCCUCCAGUGCAGAAAAUGUGUAAUACGAGCAUUACUGACCCACCUGCUCCAAGCAAAGCUCCUUUAGUCAAGGCAGUCAGUCACAGCUCAUUGUCUGUGGAAUUCUCUGAUUUUCAGUCAGUGAAUGGACCAUUAAAAGCCUAUGCAGUAAUGAUCAUAACAGAAGCACAAGGUUGUGGGUCUUUGAAGUCUAAAUUGAAGAACACAUACAAAGAUUUCAAGAAGAUGAUGACAGUCACCUAUGUAACAUAUGUCAUAGAUACAGAGCAGGCAAAAUCACCUUCUUUCCAUUCUCAGAAUGGUACAAAUGUCGUUAAUGUUGGCAAGGGAAACACAAUGUAUGGCUACGAAAACGGACCAUUGAUUCCACUUCAUUCAUACAGGGCAAGUGUUGCAGGUUUCACUAAUAUAACCUUUACUAUGGGCAACAUCAUUGCGGGAGAAGAUAGUUAUGUAUCAUUUUCACCCUGUUCUGAGGCGGUUUUGCUACCCCAGGAUCCAGGUGUUAUUGCUGGAGCCGUUAUUGGAUGCCUUUUAGCUAUAUUGGCUGUAGUCACUAUAGGGGGUUUCAUAUUCUGGAGAAAGAGAAGGAAAGAUAAAAGAAAUACUGAAGUGUCCUUUUCUCCAAUUAAAUCAAAAAUGAUUAAAGUGGAGAACUUUGAGUCCUACUUUAAGAAGCAGCAAGCUGACUCCAACUGUGGUUUUGCUGAAGAGUAUGAGGAACUCAAGUCUGCUGGUGUUCAUCAGCCCAAAUUUGCUGCUGAACUUGCUGAGAACAGGGGAAAAAAUAGAUACAACAACGUCUUACCAUAUGAUAUUUCUCGUGUUAAACUUUCAGAUCAAAGCUCUGCAACUGAUGAUUAUAUUAAUGCAAACUAUAUGCCUGGCUAUAACUCAAAGAAGGCAUUUAUUGCUGCACAGGGUCCUUUACCCAAUACUAUAGAAGACUUCUGGCGCAUGAUUUGGGAGAAGAAUAUCUACUCUAUUGUUAUGUUGACAAAAUGUGUUGAACAAGCCCGGACAAAAUGUGAGCAAUACUGGCCAGACAAACAAUCCAAGAACUAUGGUGACAUUAUUGUGACAAUGGUGUCAGAGAUUGUCCUUCCAGAAUGGACAAUAAGGGACUUCACUGUAGAAAAGUCCAACACACCAGAGAGCCACACAGUGCGCCAGUUCCACUUCACCUCCUGGCCAGAUCAUGGAGUGCCAGAGACAACAGACCUUCUCAUCAACUUUAGACACCUUGUUCAUGAGUACAGCAGUCAGAAUCCAAUCGACUCUCCUACUCUGGUGCACUGCAGUGCUGGUGUUGGGAGGACAGGGACGUUCAUUGCCAUUGACCGCCUGAUUCAGCAGAUUGAAAUGGAGAAUACUGUGGAUGUGUACGGAGUGGUGUAUGAUCUUCGCAUGCACCGACCUUUAAUGGUGCAAACUGAGGACCAGUACGUCUUCCUAAACCAGUGUGUUAUGGAUAUUAUUAGAUCCCAGAAAGACAAGAAAACUGAUCUUAUUUACCAAAACAUGACAGCAAUGGCAAUCUAUGAAAACUUCACACCUGGGCCAGGCUUUGGGAAGGCGAAUGGCUACCACGCAUAGCCUGGAAGGAGCACAGUGUCUCCAGGAGGUGUUAGCUGCGCAUAGGAAAGGGAGAUGUUCUACUCGUGUUUUCCAGGAUUGUGUGCAGUGUCUCAUGUCUGGCUUCUCCAGUUCUGUCCACGUUCGAAGAUGUGAUCUACACAAUGCUGGCAGGGGAGCCACAGAUUGGUAUUAAAAAAAAAAAAAAAAAAAAAAGAAAAGAAAAAAAAAGAAACGAAACAA